UUAGUGUUGUGGCUUUUGAUCAUUAAAACAGAAAUUAUUACAGUGUCAUUACGGUUUAUUAACGGUUUACUUCAGUCAGUUCAUCUCUAUGUUUUUUUAGACUUUUAAUAAAAUUAGAUUAUAAUAUACUUUAUGUAUUUUCAUUUUUAAAAUGAGUUUGCUAUUUUGGGUGUUGUAAAUGUCCUAAACGGGCCUCCGUAUACGUGCGUCUCGGUAAAUUACUGUUUUUUAUUAAAUAAUUUAAUUACUUAUUUUGUUUUUUUAUUUGUUUGUAUUUUGUCAUUAUUUACAAUAAUAUUAUUGAAUCUAUGCUUUAUAAUAAACUAAAUAACCUUUUUAAUUUUUCGCGACCUCGUUGAGCGACAACAAAGGUUUCAGGUAGGUAACUUAGUGUGAGGGCGCUUUAAACAACCCGGGAGAUUUGAGCGGUGGGACGAGCCCGGUCCUCCACGGAAUGCACACCGGGUUUUCCGGGUGUCCAUCAGCGGGCUCCUCGCAGCCUCUCGCUGGUUUUUACUCAACUCCUGUCCUGAUAUCACUCCGCUGGCAUGGCGGAGAAGCGGACCUGAUUAUUGUGAUGGUGGCAGGCGGCAGCCAGUGACUACAGACUUCCGCCACCGCUUCCCAUAUCCGCGUUUUGCGCUGUCGGGGCCACUCUAGUCGCCUCUCAACCGGACUACCGAUGGCGCUUGUGCGCCGCUCAUCAACUCAAUAACAUCUUCACCGGGAUUUCUUUCAAGCCCAAACCAUAUGAGAUGCAAGUUUACUGGGAAACUCCGGAGCCCGUUCGGUUCGCGCAGCAAAACUUUUUCUCAGAGGACAGCUCCGCGAAGCGCCGAGUGGACUGUUGCUGCCGCCGCCGCCGCUGCCGCUGCUCCGCGGGACGGUUUGUGUGCAUAUGUGCCCGCUAACCGCGGCGUUAUAUUGUUGAUUUCUCUUUUUUUUGCCUCGGCCGUGUUGCUGUUAGCAGCGUGGCAGCGGCUUUUGUUGUCGGAUCCACUCGGGGUCUCGCUCCGGCUGGCUGUUAUUUGCGCGUUGCCGUAGCAGUUUGUUUGGAAACAGCGCGGAGGAGGGAGGAAGGGACGGCCACUGGCGAGACCCUCACCCUCACCCUCACCGCCGGGCUCGCGGCUCUUUAACGCGUCCCCGGCGUCGCUCGCUUCGGCGGCUCCUAUCCCGCCGUCCGCUGUCCGGCUGCCCGGGACUUCACCGGAGGGGCACGGGGACGGAGAGGGCGGUAGGCGGCGGUGGAGGAGGUGGUGACGGCGGCGUCGGCGAGCUCGACGGGGGGAGAAAAGUUCCUCCAAAAUAGCAGCCGCGCGGCCCCGUGAUGGGGGACUUCGCCUCCCCCGCUGCCGGACCCAACGGCAGUAUCUGCAUCAACAACAGCAUGAACCCGGGCGCCGGGAGCGUGGUGCCCCCCGGGACCGUGGGCAUACCUAAGCACAGCACCGUGGUGGAGCGGCUGAGGCAGCGCAUCGAGGGCUGCCGGAGACACCACGUCAACUGCGAGAGCAGGUACCAGCAAGCCCACGCCGAGCAGAUGGAGAUAGAGCGGAGGGAGACGGUCAGCCUGUACCAGAGGAGUCUGGAGCAAAGGGCCAAGAAGUCGAGCGGCGGCAGCAAGCAGCCGCAGAGCAAGCAGCCGGAGCCGGACUCUGCCUCCUCCGCGGAGCAGCGGAAUAACACGCUCAUAGCGCUGCAGGAAACUGUAAAGAGAAAGCUGGACAGUGCACGGUCGCCACUCAACGGGGAUCAGAACGGUAUCUGUGAUGGAGGCAGCUACUCACCAACUACCAAACGGGUGCGGAAGGAGGGCUCCAGUGGUUUGGACUCGCUAACAGGUUUAGCUAACAGCAACAAUAACAAUGUACCACCCAUCUCGCCACUGCACCAAAUGGACAUUAAACCUUUGCUUGGUGGGCCCAACACGUCCUCUGGAAACAACACUACAAACAGCAACGGCAAUCACGUAGGCCGGACGUCAGAUGAACUGGGAAAGAAUGGUGGCAGCCAUCUCCCAGACAUGAAGCUGAAUGGCUCGCUGGACUUGGAAGACAGCUUUAGCCUACUCAAAGAUCUAAAACAGGAGCCGCUGGAUGACGGGGGAGGGAUGGAGUCCUCUGAUCCUCAGUCUCUGUCCAAUCAGAACAAAUUGUUUUCUGACAUCAACCUCAACGACCAGGAGUGGCAGGAGCUGAUUGAUGAGCUGGCCAACACUGUUCCAGAGGACGACAUGCACGAUCUCUUCAACGAGGACUUUGAGGACAAGAAAGAGGCAGACUUCGGUAGACUGGCGAAUAAUCAGACACCGGGCCCACAGGAUGCAGCUGGGAAUACAACAGCACCUGGAGGAGGGGUGGGGCCUGCAGCAGGACUGCCUCAUCCUCCUCAAGGCGGCCCGCAGGUUCCCAUGGGCUCACCACAGGUGCGACCGUCAUCGUCCGGCCCCCAGUUUGCCACCACUGCCAAUGGAACUCCUCCUCAGCAACCUUUGCAGCAGUCGCCAGCGGUUGCCAUGGCAUCAGGUUCACCCUUGCACAACUGUGUGGCCCGCUCCCCUCAGACCCCAACCCAGGCUCAGACGCAAGCAGUUUCUCGGCCUGGAAACGGGUACAUGAUGAAUCCUGGCCCAGGGGUCAGUCAGGCGGGAACAGGACCUGGACCGGCUGGGGUCGCCACUGGAAGUCAGCCUGUAGGGCCUUUGACACCAGAACUUUCUCCGGCAGAGCAGCUUAAAGCAAUGGCUCAGCAGCGUGCUAAACUGCUGCAGCAGAAGCAGCAACAGCAACAGCAGCAACAAGCAGCUAACUGGUCGCCUGCAGGUGCUCCAACGAGUCCCUAUAACUCUGGUCCCUUUAAUCAGGACAAACCCAACAGUCCUAUGAUGUACCCACCGCAAGCCUUUAACGCACCACAGGGCCCUGUAGUGACUGGAAUGGCCUCCAACAAUGGGCCCAAAGCCCCCAUGAACAACUACCUCCCUCACAACCACAUGGGCAUGAUGGGCCAGCAGCCUAACAGCAUCAACCACAGCGCCCUGUCCAAGCAGCAACAGCAGCAGCAAACGGCAGCCAUGUUGUCCUACAACAACACCAAACCACUCAGUCACUUCAGUGGUAGCGGAGUAGACCACAUAGGCCAGAGGAUGACUCCACCCAUGGGAGGGAACAAUCAGGUCAAGAACCCCAUGAUGCCACCCUACAUGGGUGGUGGUGGAGGUGGGGGCCAGGGGGCGGGGCCUGGACAAACCCAGGGGCCAAUUCCAGGGCAGACGGCCCACCUGAAUGAUGAGCAGAAGAGGAUGCUGAUGAUAAAGCAGAAGGUGUUGAACCAGAACAUGCCCUAUAGUGCCAUGCAGUCUCAUGGGCAGGAACAAGGUGUGAUGGGAAUGUCCCGACCGCCCGGCGCCAUCCCUCCUCCUCACCCCGCUGGGGGCGUGGCCUCCGGAGUGGGCCCCAAUCAGGGGGCUGGUCCACCUCCAGGUUAUGUGGGGAACCAGCAGCAGGCAGCCAUGAUGAAAAAGAUGAUGGUGAUGGAGCACCAGAAACAGCAACUCUUCAGAGAGCAGAGACAACAGCAGCAACAGCAGCAACUACUGGCUGAACAGCUCCAACAGCAGCAGCACCUCCCUAGACAGAUGGGUCAGGGCCAGAGGAAUCCAUAUCCCUCAGUCAAUCAGUACCAAGGUCCUCCACAGGAUUUAGCAUCCAGGAACCAGACUCUCCAGAACAUACGAGCUGCCCGUCUCCUACAACAGCAGCAGAACCAGCAGAUGGUCCAGAUGAGUUCUGUCCAGGGCCAGGGGGGAUCUGUUGGACCGCAAACUGACAUGGGCCUACCCUAUGGCAACCAGGGGUCUAACCAGGGGUCCUUGUAUGGUCUCAAUCCCUCCAUGAGCCAAAUGAUCCACCAGCAGCAGCACCAGAGCCAAAGCGUCCAAGCUUCCAUGGGUCUUCCACCACAGCACAACCCUGCCGGAGGGCCGCCCCGGCAGGCAGGUGCAGGUCCUGGGGUUGCAGGUAUACCUACAGGUCCCGGGGCUGGUGGAGGCUAUGCAGCACAAGGGAUGUUAAUGAACUCCAUGACCCAGCAAUCCCUCAAAGGACCUGCUAGUGCCAAAGCCCAGGCACAGAGACUGCAAAGCAUGCUAGGAGCAGGAGGAGGCAACGGCGGAAUGGCGGGAGGUAGCUGGCCCCAGCAGCAAGGACAGAGUCUGCAGGCCAUGGCCGGAGGAGUUGGAAGGACUACAGGGGGAGGGGGUGGAGACAUGGUGGGGUUCAGCUCGACGCAGGGUUACGGGAUGCAGUCGAGUCAACCCCAGCACAUGGCCAAGCAACACUUUCAGGGCCCGGGACAAGGGAUGAGCCAGGGAAUGGAUCCUAGGGUAGGCAAUCCAGCUGCAGCUAUGGGUGGCCCUAUGAUGGGCCCUCACAUGGGCAGUCAGCCCAGGACCAACCAGCCCAGACUCAUGGUCAUGAACCAAGGCAUGAACCAAGGGGUGAUGGGCCAGGGAAUGCCUGGAAUGGGGGGCUUCGGACCGGGCCCUGGGGGCCCAGGAAUAGGGGCAGGUGGAGGAGGAGGUGGACCUUACGGACCAGGAGGUGUGGGGGUUGGAGGUCAGCCACAGGGCUACCAGAGGACAGCCAAUCAGGAUAUGUCAUCCUAUGGAUAUGGGGGCGGGCCCUCAGGCGGAGGAGCCUUUGGGUUGGGUGAUGGCCCAGGGGGCGAGCUGGACUCAAGCGAUGGUUGGAUGGAGGAGUUUUUCACGAGCCAAUAACCAACAGACAAACUGGAGCUGAGCUUUUACUGGAUGAACUAAACGUUGAAGCAGGACAAACAUUGAAACCUGAGAAAGUAAAACUAAAGAGUUAUGUGGACUGGCAUGUGUUUUUGUAAAACAUGCCUGUGGUUAUAAAGGUUAUAAAUUAGUUCCUGAGUUAUGGGCUGUGUGUGUGUGUGUGUGUGUGUGUGUGUGUGUGUGUGUGUGUGUGUGUGUGUGUGUGUGUGUGUGUGUGUGUGUGUGUGUGUGUGUGUGCGCGCGUGCGCGCGUGCGCGUAAGAUCUUGUGCAUAUUAAUGAAGAACCAAUAUAGAGAUUAUAAUGCGUAUUCCAUUAGUUUCCCUUUUUUCCACCAUGUUAAAAAUGUCUCUCAUGUCCCAUUGUUUGAAAGCGAGCUCCUUUUACACAGCAGCUCUUUGAGUCCAAGCUUCAGCAGAGGCUGAUUGAACACUGCAGACUGAUGAAGGAGAGGGAAGACUUGUUCUCUAGACAGCAAUUUAUUUGUUUGCGCCACCCAGCUCAGUGCUUCAGAUCUCUCGACCAUGUGAGGAGCUGAGGGGAGCAGAAAGCACUCUCAACACUCUUAUUUCCUGUCGUAGAUUCAUGCACCCUACACACUCACACACACACACACACACCUGUCUCCAUCACGGGGUCCGUGCUCUCCUCACCCGAUCUCCCCUUCCACAAUCGUCCCUUGCGCUCAAGGAUCUGUUGAAAGUGUGGCGAUCUUCUCACUCUGCCCUCCAGUGCUGUGCCUUGGUGCCGUUGUUGUCUUCCCACCUCCUGCAUGUGUAACGGUGGAUGGCAGGUAUGCGCGCAGAGGGAGACAAAGAGAGGGGAACGCAGGGAGGGGAAUAGGCAGCUACUGCAGGCACCCGAACCCAAAAACUCACACGCCCACGUGAAAACGAGCAUCAGCUGGAGCGAAUGAGCGGACGUGUGAGAGGCCGCUAACAGAGCUAAUAUUACAUUAAAACCUCUGCCUCUGCGACACAAAGCGCGUCGCACACAUCAGGCUGACGGUAGAGCGAUCGCUGGGCAGUGAAUGUAUUCUAGCACCACAAGUGACUUCUAAAAAAAAAAACUAAAAAAAAACCUAAUUGAGAGCCCGCCCACAUUUUGUUCGUUGCUGUGUUUCUAACAAUGAUGCUGGUUGUGUCUUUGUCAAUUGCAAGGGAAAAAAAGUUAAACUCAGCUUUUAGUUUUAGUUCCUGUUGUCUUUUGUUGUUCUGUUUGUCCUCCCGCUGCAGCAGAGCCUUUCCUUCCAUUGUUACACAGCUGCUUGCCAAUCACCGCCGCCCUGCUUUACGUCCAACCCUACUACAUACAGUAACUAUGCCAUGCUGUCACACUACUGUGAAGAAAUACACGUCGCCCCCCCUCCUGGUUUUUGAUGAGGAGACUGAACCACUACGGAGCCUUGAGUUUGCUUUACAGAUAUGACACAACUGUGGGACAGCUGCUCGGGCUUAAAGGGUGACGGCAGUUAGCGCCAGUUAGCAUUAAAUCAGUGCUUCCACUUACGGCAGUGUCUCCCUCUCUGAGUAACUUGGACUUGACUCCUCGGAUUCCAAUCCUUCCCAACGUGUCCACUCUUUAACCCCGAUGUUUGAGUAAUAAAUGUGUGUCAGAUAGGUUCGUGGUUGUUGGUAAAGUAACACCUUUCUCCUGUAACUGUUUUGUAAUCUUGCUCAAACGUCGAAUGAAAGCGCGUUUAUAUGUGCAUUACUUUGGAUUCAGCUCGUCCGGGUGAACGUUUGAAGUAUGAUGCUGUAGUCAACAAAACCAAAAAGCCUUCUCUGUAAAUUAUUUCCUAGCCAUCGAUGCGUUCCUCCUCAUGGUUGUUGGUGUUCAUAUAAUCCAACCCUUUAAAUACAAACUUUAAACACCAUACUCAUGGAAGCGUUGCUGCGUUCAGUAGCACCCGUCAAGAAGGUCUUUUUUUUUUCUCAUGUUUGGGGCACGGACUUCCUCCAUGUCGCUGUGUGAAGGUCAAGGGCGGACAGACGUUUAAGCCUGCAGCGUUCCCCGGUUUUAUCAGUGGGAGAUUAAUUUGAGCCUCGUGCAGGAAGAGCGGGAGAGCUACACUGCUCGUACUUUCAACCUUUAACCAUCCACCACCAGUCCAGUCGUCCAGGCUCAAACAUCAGUUCUGAGUGUUGGUCAAAUGAAAUGAAAUGAAGGCAGUGCAUAUGGAAAUACCUGAUGUUCACCACUCCAAAGUGGACUCAGGAGGGUCGAGACAAACGCCUGGGUCAGUGUUAAGGUCUCACUCCUUUGUGACCUUUUUGCCUUCUUCAGAGUGUGUGUUCUUGGUAUGUUUUGAAAUUCCUUAACGAAGAGAAAGGAAGCUUCCUCCAAAUAUUAUGUACCGGGACCAAGUCUGUAGACAACAUUUUAACAAAAAAUUGUUGCUGUUGAUGUUCAUUGUUUUGUUUUGGGUUUUUUUACUGGUGCUGACAUAUAUGUGAUUAUGAGAAAAUAUAUAAAAGAUAAUGGCUAUUUGUAAAUAUGUUUUUACAGUUUUAAAUACAUCAGAUAAUACAGUCUCUACUCUGUAAAGAAUUUACUGUUGGAAAAAUAGAGAAGUAUUUUUAUUUUGACGUUUUGGUUUCACUUUUAACCCAUCUGAGCUAUGCCAUUGCACUUCAGACAAUGUCUUACUACUAAUUUGUAUUGUAAACCUUUCUUUUGGGGAUUUUUUUAAUUUGUUUUUUCUAGUUUGAGAUUUGACUCUGUUCUUAAGCAGUGCUUAUUUCUUUUUAUCUUGUACAGAAUUCUGAAAUGUUAACAAAAGAAAAUUACAAAAGACUUUUUUGUUUGUUUUUCAAAAAGAUACAAUAAAAAGAGAAUGUUCUCACUGAUCAUAUUAAAUUAAAGCUUUUCUUUAAUUUUCUUUCA